AUGAAGCUAACGGAGCAGGAUCUUCGCCUUUUGGAGUUCAAUUCUUAUGACGACUAUCUCAACUCGCUGAUAGAUGGCAAAAGUCUCCAAUAUUUCGGUAAUAGGGAAAAUUUAAUCAGUCUAUAUCGUACGGGAUACAGGGCUCUCACAAAGGAAGCUUUCGAAGCGCAAAGAACAUUUCUUCAGGUGACUAAAGAUCCGAACACACUGUUCAGCCGCAAUAUUACACCAGGCGAUCCAUUUCUUCAGGAACUUGCCAAACGUGAACGUCCCAACCGGUUGGGUCUGUUGUCGACCAUCAUUUAUAUGCGUUACCUGAAGAAAAGCACGGAAAUCUCAGGCUACAUCGACUACGAGGAAGCAUUGCGGCGUGUGCAUCACGAUCAGCAGUACUGCAACGACUGGCGGGCUAUCUUUGCCGGCGAGAAGGUACUCUACCCAACGCCCGUCGAUCUGCUGUACUACAACGCGAAGACCGGCCGCAGCAGGAAGAACAACUCGCGCAACUAUCAGAUCCUUUGCGAUCCGCACCGUGGCAUCAUCUUCCGCAACAUGUACGACCGGAAGGAUAUCCAUCCGGAUCCGCUGGCGAGCUGCUACGGUACCAACACGAGCCGGAUCGAGGUUGCAAGCGAACUGUACGAGCAGGUCGCCCUGUACGAUCAUGUCGUGCGGAAGAACUAUUGA